CAGAGGCUUAGUAAUGGCCAAUUGACGACGUUUUCUGCGUGCUGAUUGGUGGUAAGACACGUCGCUCCGCGUCUUGAGGUUUGGUGUUCUGUAGUUCGGUUGCAACGUCUCCAAGUUGAUGUCGGCCCACAAGAAGCUCAGCGAAGCUCCUCCCGUCCCCCCAAAAUGAGUGAUCAGGACCAACACCCAGAUGACAUGACCAAUCUGGUGGAAAGCAGUUACCUCUCGAAGAGAAGCACAAGCUCCGGCCAGGACUCGCAGCCGUCCCCCCUCGCCUUGCUGGCAGCCACCUGCAGUCGGAUUGAAUCUCCUAGCGAGAGCCCACAAGAGGGCCAGCCAGGCUCUGUUGACCACCACCUGGACCUGACCACCGCCCAGAUCACUCAGACUGCAAACGGCUGGCAGAUCAUUCCAGCUGUUGUCUCCGGGGUCUCCAGCUCCUCUGCAUCCACUGCUGCCACCAUUUCAGCAGCUGGCGAUGCCAGUAAAAAUCGUCAGCUUGCUAACAGUCAGCAAUUUGUAGUUGCUUCAGCCGCUGGGCUUCAGGGUCAGCAAGUGCUAGCAAGUCUCACUGGUGUGGUGCCCAAUAUUCAGUAUCAGGUUAUCCCCCAGUUCCAAACAGUGGACGGGCAGCAGCUGCAGUUUGCCCCUCCUGCACAAGUCAAUGUGCAGGCAGAUGCUUCCGGACAAUUUCAGCUCAUUUCUCAAGGAGGUGGUCAGCAUAUUAUUGCUGCCGCAAACAGAUCUGCUGCCACCGGAGCUGCAGGGAGCAACCUUAUUACCAUGCCCAACCUUAUCCAGCAAGCCGUUCCCUUGCAGAAUAUAAGCAUAGCGAACAAUGUGCUCCAGAGUCCAACACAGUUUCUUGCAAAUGUGCCUGUGUCUCUAAAUGGGAACAUCACCCUUUUGCCAGUCAGUAGUACCCCUCAGACAGUGGCAGUGAGUGGUUCAGAGUCUGGCACUACUACUAGCCUCCAGCAGCCAACCUCCAGUUCCAGUGGGGUAUUCCUUACCACAUCUGGUACUUUAGCAUCCACCACUCAGGCUGCCACUAGUAAUAGCUUGCCCAGUUUCAGUAUAGGUGGUGUACCUAUCACAAGCUCCCAGUCAGCACAGCGUUCUGGAAGUGGUGGGCAAGGAGGUGCAUUUCAGAAUUCAGGAAAUGGUAACAGUGGGCAGAUUCAGCCUAGCCAGCAAGAGAGUAGAGACUCCCAGCCUCAGCAGCAGUUUGUCAUCCAGCCACAAAUUCUUCCAGGGACUUCAGCUAUUUCUGCGUUGCAGAGUGCAACAGUGCCUGCUGGCCAAGCCUUCGCUGCUCAGACCAUCUCUCAGGAUGGUUUGCAAAUCCAGACUAUUCCUAAUACUGGAUCAAUCCUCAUUCGCACCAUGGGUCCUAACGGCCAGGUGACCUGGCAGACACUUCAGGUGCAAAACCCAACUGGCACUCCAACAAUCACUUUGGCACCAAUGCAGUCCAUCCCUCAGUUGGCACAUACAUCAGCUGGAACAGUAGCUGUGAAUGCAGCACAACUCUCUGCUGUACCUGGCCUUCAGACCAUUAACCUGAAUACCCUGGGAACCGCUGGCAUUCAGAUGCAUCAACUGCAAGGUGUGCCGAUUGCCAUUGCCAGCACUGCAGCAGGUGAUCAGACACUUCAUGGUGCUGGGGGAGACAGCAUGGAUGACAGCACAAUUUUAGAUGAGUCGGGUGAGACAAGCCCUGGACAGCAGCCUCCAAUGCGCAGACUGCGGAGAGAGGCCUGCACAUGCCCAUAUUGUAAAGAUGGUGAAGGGAGGAGUAGUGAUCCAGGCAAGAAAAAGCAGCACAUAUGUCACAUCCCAGGAUGUCAGAAGGUGUACGGAAAGACAUCACACUUACGUGCUCACCUUCGGUGGCAUACAGGAGAGCGACCCUUUGUAUGCUCCUGGCAACUCUGUGGAAAGCGCUUCACCCGCUCAGAUGAACUGCAGAGGCAUAAGCGCACACACACAGGUGAAAAAAAAUUCAGCUGCACAGAAUGUCCAAAGCGCUUCAUGAGGAGUGACCAUUUAUCAAAGCACAUCAAGACCCACCGAAAUAGGAAAGGAAACGGAAAUGGCACAGGAUCGUCCGGUGCUGGCAACAGUGGUUCCCUCUCAAUCUCUGUGGACCCAUCUUCCACCCCAGAUGGAGUUGUGGGAACUGACCAGCAUCCUCUCCUCACCAUGGAGACUCUCUCACAUGAGGGCAUUGCUCGUCUUGCCAGCAGUGGAAUCAACGUCAUGCAAGUGACUGACCUUCAAUCCAUCAACAUGAGUGGCAAUGGGUACUGAGCUUGUAAAGUGUUGAGACCUUAAAAAAAAAAAAAAAAAAAAAAAAAAAAAAAAAACUAAUUUUGAAAACUGCUGAUGCCAGUAGGCAGUGGUGACACACAGACCUGGCCUUUUAGGUCACCUUUUUGUUGUCUUCCCAUUCUUCCAGCCAGACAAAUGCAUUUUCUCCUUAACCAGAAAUUUGUUUUGUUUCCAUUGCUACACUACACAGGAACAUUUAUUUUUUUCUUUGUUCAAAGAUGGAACAAAGGAGCUGUUGGCUUUUUUCUUGUUGGACAUUGCAUUUGAUAAGAGGCUAAGGUGCUGAUGUGAACCCUAAAACCACAUUCUCGCUUCCUUCAAACUAUCUUUAAAGUGCUCAAAAAGGAAAAAAAGGGCAAAGACUGGAUGCUUAACCCUAAUAGGAAAAAACAUGCUUUGGGCAAUUUUCCAAUUUUUUUUUUUUUUUUUAAACUAUUAAUCUAGGUACGCUUAAAAGCCAUCAUGCCUUGAUAAACUAUAUGUCAAUGCAAAAACAUUUUGUAGUCAAAUUUAUAAAAUAGGGUGACACACUGUAUGCUCACCAUAGAUUGCUUUAUUCUGUAUUUUUAUAUACAUAUAUAUUCUUAAACUUUGUUGUUGUGUUUUUUUGCUUUAGGAUAUAGAAGGUGGGAUUGGGAAAGGGGAUAGGGUGCCAACAUGAUCUUUUGUAUGUGUUUGUUUUCUCAUUACAGCUGGUUUUGCCCACCUCAGAAGAUAAUGUGGAAAAAUGACAGCACAUUUUUCAGCUGUGUUCCAUUUUACAAAUACAUAAUCUUUUUUUCAUUCAGAUCAUGACAGAUAAUAUAUAAAAAUUUGAAUGACGGAGGUUGGAACAUUAGUUUUGGACUGUGCCUGCUAUAUUCUGAGCCCUCCAUACCCUCCUUGUUAUCAGUUAAGGGCCUUGAGAAACAGCUGUGAAAGGUGGGAGAUUUGCUAGAAGCAGCGGGUGGAAGGAUGUGGGAGGAUAGUUUAAUGACUAAUGAAAGCCAGCCUUCUCAGUUGCUGAAUGUAACUGGUCUCCAGGAAAAUUGGCUGGGAAAAGAAACUGGGAGUACUUCCCAUCAUAAAUGUCUGUCUGCUGUUUUUGCAGAUUGAUGCAAGUCAGGCAUGAUAUUGGUAGCAGAAGUGACAACGAGACCGAAACACAGCACCGGUGGCAGACAUCUCUCUUGGUGUCCUUUUUGAGCAGACAGCUGUGAAGGAUUUUGUGGCUGAAUGCACUUAAAAUGUAAAAGUAGAAACUACAAUCUAGGUUCUACAGGCUGGGAUGUGACAAAAUGAAAAGAAAAGCAAAGUUACUCUGGAGGGAAUUGGGUUGAGGUGAAAAUCUAUUAUCAUGCAGUAUCCAGAUUAUUUAUUCAAUGUUUUUAUUUGCUUUUGAUAUUUGUAACUGAAAUGAAAUAAACUUCAUUUGUGUAUUUUUUAAAUUAUAUAUUUUCACAAUCGAUUCUGCUGAUUAUGCAAUUAUGAAUCCACUUUUGGUCUUUAGAAAUAAGCAAUUUUUCAUAAUAAACCUGCUUACAAUGUAAAGGCAUGUGUCUAGUGAGAAAAACCAGCGAGUUAAUCUAUUUUCUAAACAAAAUUUAGAGAGGAGAAUUAAGUGUCAGUGUUUUACAGUUUCAAUUGUUUCUCCAGCUAGGAUCUUCUAUUUGUCUUUACCUCUCUUAAGAAAUCCUGAUGGUUCGCUGAAAAGCAAAUGGAUCCUGGACUUUUGUUGUCUUUUGCUGCUGUGGAUGUCGCCACCAUUAUGGCAAGUAAUCUUAGGUGGAUUUAUAUUUGGAGACUUUGGAAAGGGGAAAACAGGGGUAAUGGAGGAGUGAGCUGGGGUUUAUCAUGAAAUUUCAUGCAUCUAAAGUGUUUUUGUUCUUUCUUUGUUUUACUUUUAAAAGGGAUUAUUAAUGCAGUCCACUAUAACUGUUUCAUCACCAUGCUAUAGAAAAAUACAUUUUCAAAAAAAAAAAAAAAACUCCAGUAAAAAUGUUCUUAAUAAAAGAAUAAUCUGCACAUCCUUGAAAGCUAUGUAUUUAAUUGCCAAAUUACUUAAAUUAAGCUGAAGUUUGUUUUACUUUUGCUUUUUAUGAAAUCCCCCGCUUGCAGCUGCAGCCUUUAUUUAGAAGAGUGGUGCACUCCUCUUGGUGUGGAUAGGAAGCUCUCUGAGGCUUUUCUAAAGUUUCUUGAUGAAUAAACUGGGGAAUGUCAGAGAUGUAGAAUUAUGCGUAACCCAUGAGUUCACUCUCUUCUGCAUAGCACAUUUUACACACAAUCCCCUAGCACUUAAUGAAAUCCUCAGAAAUGCCAAAGCAUUAAGAAAA